AUGGCCUCGGAGUCGGUGAAGGUGGUGGUGCGCUGCCGCCCCAUGAACCAGCGGGAGCGGGAGCUGAACUGCCGGCUGGUGGUGACGGUGGACUCCGCUCGCGGCCAGUGCUUCAUCCAGAACCCGAGCGCCGCGGACCAGCCCCCCAAGCAGUUCACCUUCGACGGCGCCUACUACAUGGACCACUUCACCGAGCAGAUUUACAACGAGAUCGCCUACCCGCUGGUGGAGGGCGUAACUGAAGGCUACAAUGGCACCAUCUUUGCCUACGGCCAGACGGGCAGCGGGAAGUCCUUCACCAUGCAGGGCCUGCCGGACCCGGCCUGCCAGAGAGGCAUCAUCCCCCGGGCCUUCGAGCACGUUUUCGAAAGCGUCCAGUGUGCAGAGAACACCAAGUUCCUGGUCCGGGCUUCCUACCUGGAGAUCUACAAUGAAGAUGUCCGGGACCUGCUGGGCACAGACGCCAAGCAGAAGCUGGAGCUGAAAGAGCACCCGGAGAAGGGGGUGUACGUGAAGGGGCUGUCCAUGCACACGGUGCACAGCGUGGCCCAGUGCGAGCGCGUCAUGGAGGCGGGCUGGAAGAACCGUGCGGUGGGCUACACCCUGAUGAACAAAGACUCCUCUCGCUCCCACUCCAUCUUCACCAUCAGCAUCGAGAUCUACGCCGUGGACGAGCGGGGCAAGGACCACCUCCGGGCAGGCAAGCUGAACCUGGUGGACUUGGCGGGCAGCGAGCGGCAGUCCAAGACGGGCGCCACGGGGGAGCGGCUCAAGGAGGCCACCAAGAUCAACCUGUCUCUGUCGGCGCUGGGCAACGUCAUCUCGGCCCUGGUGGACGGGCGCUGCAGGCACAUCCCCUACCGGGACUCAAAGCUGACCCGGCUGCUACAGGACUCGCUGGGCGGCAACACCCGGACGCUGAUGGUGGCCUGCCUGUCGCCCGCCGACAACAACUACGACGAGACGCUCAGCACGCUGCGCUACGCCAACCGUGCCAAGAACAUCCGCAACAAGCCGCGCAUCAACGAGGACCCGAAGGACGCCCUGCUGCGCGAGUACCAGGAGGAGAUCAAGAAGCUCAAGGCCAUCCUGGCUCAGCAGAUGGGCCCCGGCAGCCUGUCAGCUCUGCUGAACAGUCAGGUGCCCCCAAGCCCCGUCCAGGUUGAGGAAAAGCCGUUGUCUCUACCGGUGACGCAGCACGACACGGAGGCUGAGAAGCAGCUGAUCCGGGAGGAGUACGAGCAGCGCCUGGCCCGGCUGAGGGCCGACUACGAGGCGGAGCAGGAGUCCAGGGCCCGGCUGGAGGAGGACAUCACCGCCAUGCGCAACUCGUACGACGUGAAGCUGUCCACGCUGGAGCAGAACCUGCGCAAGGAGACAGAGGCUGUCCUGAAGGCGGAAGUCCUCUACAAGGCUGAGGUCCUAUCCAGGGCUGAGUUUGCCAGCAGUUCCGAGUACUCUCCUCUUUUCGAGUUCAGGAUGGCCGGGAGACCCGAGAUCUACUCCAUGCCUGACCCCCUGCCUAGUGAGGACUCCUUCAAGGCUCAGGUCUCCUCCGGAUUUGAGGAGCUGCCCAAGGUGGCGGCCUCCAAGUCCGAGGCGUCUCUGGGGUCCGAUGAGUCUUCCACGCUGGGAGAGAACUCCGUCUGCACGGCCUUCUCUGGGCCCGAGGAGCCCUGCAGCCUGGAGUUCUCGGUGCCUGAUUCAGAGGCCCGGGGCCCCUACCUGCUGCCUGACGACGAUGUCGGCAGGGGCGCCGCGGAGCCCCUGUUGGAGGAGCCCCCGCUGAUGGCGCUGGAGCUGCUACCCGGCCUGCACGACCCCUACGCGGAGGUGGCGGCCAAGCUGGCCAGGUUCUCCUCCACGGUGUCCGGGCCGGACGUGCCCCCGGUGGACGUCCCCAAGGUGACCACGCAGCACCCUUCCCUGACAGAUCUGCUGGAGCCCGCUGACCUCAGGUCUGAAGCUGUGGCCGAGGACCUCCCGCCCAGGACUGAGGUUGACCUGGGCCCGGGGGCGACGGAGGAGCUGGUGUUGGCGGCAGAGCCCAUCGCGGAAGCCCCGGCUGAAGCGCCGGCAGCCUUGGAGGCUCAGCCCCGGUCACUGCUGGCCGGGGCCGGCGCGAGGAGGGAGAGCGUGGCUGCGCUCGCCGAUGACCUCCUGCCCACCGUGGACCAACAGCAGGUGCUCGCCCGCUUGCGGCAGUUGGAGCAGCAGGUGGUCGGCGGGGAGGAGGCCAAGAACAAGGACCUUAAGGAGAAGCACAGGCGGCGGAAGCGGUACGCGGACGAGCGCAAGAAGCAGCUGGUGGCGGCCCUGCAGAGCUCGGACGAGGACAGCGGGGACUGGGUGCUGCUCAACGUCUACGACUCCAUCCAGGAGGAAGUGAGGGCCAAGAGCAAGCUGCUGGAGAAGAUGCAGAGGAAGCUCCGAGCAGCAGAGGUGGAGAUCAAAGAUCUGCAGUCGGAGUUUGAGCUGGAGAAGAUCGAUUACUUGGCCACCAUCCGUCGGCAGGAACGUGACUUUCUGCUCUUCCAGCAGCUCUUGGAGCAGGUGCAGCCUCUGAUUCGCCGGGACUGUAACUAUAGCAACCUGGAGAAGAUCCGACGAGAGUCCUGCUGGGAUGAAGACAAUGGUUUCUGGAAGAUUCCUGAGCCCAUCCUCAUAAAAACCAGCCUCCCAGUAGCAGUUUCAACAGGGCCACAGAACAGACCAGCCCGCAAAGCCUCUGCAGCGGACAACGGCGAGCCAGGCAUGGAGGAGGACCGCUACAGGCUGAUGCUCAGUCGCAGUGACAGCGAGAACAUAGCCAGUAACUACUUCCGGCCCAAGCGGGCCAGCCAGAUCCUCAGCACGGACCCCAUGAAGAGCCUGGCACACCACAGCUCACCACCAGGCCUCAGCUCCCCGCUCGGCGGCGGCUCCACUAUCCCGCCCGCCCAGGCCCCCGAAAUGCCCCAGCCUCGGCCCUUCCGCCUCGAGUCCCUCGACAUCCCCUUCACCAAGGCCAAGCGUAAGAAAAGCAAAAGCAGCUUUGGCGGUGAGCCCCUGUGA